UCUUAAAUUCUACGGUUCAAUCAUGAAACAACAACAUCCAAAUCCUAGAGAAAAACAUUACCUGCACCUUGUGUUUUCUCUCUCUUUCUCUCUCUCUCACCCUCACCCUCACCCUCUAUUACUUGUUUGAACAAUCAAUCCACGUCAAUCCAUAAACCAGGUUACCGGGCAUCAAGGCAUGGUCUUGGGACCGGUUUGAAUAUAUACUGAGUUAAGAGUUUUUCUGAUCAUCAACGACUGGGAAGGAGGAGACAGAAGAUUAGCUAGCUUCAAACAAAUGAAUUGAAGAUUGAAAAGAAGCAGAAGGAUUGGCCUAUAUCUAUCUCAAGCAUUGAAUUGUAAACAUACUGACAACUAUUGAAGAAAUUGAUUAUAUAUGAGAAAUGGUCAAAAGGAAUUGAGAACAGCCAUGACAGAAGAUUCAGAGAUCUAUGGUCAAGAAAAGAGUGAAAGGACUGAAGAACAAGCUGAAAACACAUCCGGAGUGUCCUCCCAAAAGUGUUCAUCCUUUGACUUGAAUGAAGAAGCCAGCAGUGAAGAGGAUAGUUUUGCCAAGGUUGCAGAACUAAGCGUUGAAGAUGAUGAGAAAGGAACAGAAGGGAGUUCUUCUGAUAAUAAUCUCACUAACGAAGGAGGAAAUGAACGAAGGCCUGCUGUUAGGCAAUAUAUCCGCUCAAAAAUGCCUAGGCUCCGAUGGACUCCUGACCUCCAUCUCUCUUUUGUGCACGCUGUUGAGAGUCUUGGUGGACAAGAGAAAGCGACUCCCAAAUUGGUUCUUCAGCUAAUGAAUGUGCGGGGACUUAGCAUUGCUCAUGUAAAGAGUCACUUGCAGAUGUAUCGCAGUAAGAAGCUUGAUGAGGCUGGACAAGUGCUAAGUCGUACGUACAGAACGAUGCAAGGAAGGGACAACAUUCGGGGCAUGUUUCACCCGCCGGUUAUGAGCAGUCCUCAUCAACACUUCAGAAUGGAGAACGGUGGAAUUGUUCUCACCACAAAUUUUCAUGAAAACAGUCACAUCAAUCACAACCGUCCACAAUCGCCUCUCUUGCAGCGACCAAUACACUUCGGAGCUAACUUUUCUAGGCAACAACGGUGGGCUUCUGAUGACCCAACAGUAAGGCCAAGUUCUCUACUAGGCAAAGAUCAUGCAAUGGGGAUUGAGCCAAUGAGACCUAGUCGAUUUCUUGAGGAAAAGAGGUGGCCUCCUUUUGAAAUGAUUAACAGUCGAUGGAAGGCCAAUCGACUUUCCACCAUGCAACCGAGGUCUUUUAGAAACCCUGGAAAUGAUACAAUGAUCAGCCAGUUUCUAUCCAAUCCCCACAAUUCUGUGGGCAAUUUCAAUAACUUUAAGCCAGAGUUUCAACCUCCAUUUCGGCUUGAGUUGACAGGAGAUAAAACAUCCAAGGAGAAGGAAUGGCUGCCAGACCUGCAACUGAGACUGAGCCAAAGGGUUGGAAUUGAUGAGGAGAAGACUCAUUGUAAAAACACUGAAGAAAUUAACACUAAGCUUUCACUUUCUUAGCCCUUAUUCGGGGAGGCAAAAGUUAAUUAAUAACAACCGACAACAUUGAGACAAAUUUAUAAAGAUCUCCAAACCAAAUUAAACCAGACAUCUACACGCAAAUAGAUUGCAGCAAGGCCAUUUAAAGCUAAGUACUUACUAAGGAUCCGACUAUGUUUGAGAAAAUCAUUGGACAGUGAGAUCUUUUCAGGUACUUUGUCUUAGAGCCAUUUAUAAGU